UAUUCUUGAAGGAUAUUUUCAUUUCCGGCUUCGCCCUAGAUCAAGUCAACAGUUCAUACAAAGCGGUGGCUUGGUCCUUGGUGUGUGUAUGUGUGUGUUUGGUUAAAAUUCUCAGUUAGCAUUUUCUCAGGAUGGUAACUGAGAUGGAGAGCGCCGAACCUCAAAUAAAGGAAGAAGACGUUAAAAUGGAGGUUAAAACAGAGACCAAUGGUGAGGAGGAGAAAAAAGAAGAAUCGCCUGAAAAGAAAAAUGAUAAAAAACCUAAAGUAAACCCGGAAGGGCAGGUUAAUCUGUACCGUGUGAAAGUUAGUGGCCUUCCAAGAUUCUACUCUACUGAUGAUCCCUUAUUGAGCGAUUUCAAGAAAAUGCUUCGCGAAGAACUAAAGCUUGAGUUUAUGUACAUUCGUUCGCCGAAGAAGGGAAACUCGUGGCUCUACAUUACAUUCCAAACGCUGGAGGCCCAGAAGAAGGCUCUCAGUGUACUGAGACGGUACACCUGGAAGAAUAGGACUAUUAUUGGAACGCUGGUUGUUGCCGACCUACGAAAGAGGAAGACAGACGAUCAAAGCAACGGAACUCUGGAAAAGAAGGCCAAAUACGAUAUUCCCAUUGAAGAACAAAUGCUCAUGUCGACAAUACCUUAUCACAGUGUGUCCUAUGAAGAGCAGUUGUCGAAAAAGAACGAGGAGACAGUGAGUCUGCUGAAGUGGCUGACGACUCUGAUCGAGAAGCGCAACCAUCUGCUGUCGGGCUACUUUGACAAGGAGGCUGCGCAGAACAGCGACAAACUGCCGCUCAAGUUGGAUCCAGUGAGGAAGUCACCUGUCGUCGACGGAUAUCGCAACAAAUGCGAGUUCCGUAUCGGCAAGAACAGUGAGACGGGAGCGUACACGGUGGGAUAUCGCGUGGAUAACCAGGAGGACGGCACCCUAGGUGUUGCCCCGCCUGACUCCCUGCGACAUCUGCCCAAGCCUAUGAUUGACAUUGUCAAGACAUUCGAGCUGUUCGUCGACGAAUGGGAGAAGCCGGCUCACAGCGCGAGCAACGUCCACGUGUCGCUGAAACUGCUGACUGUGCGAAUCAACAAGACCGAGGAGAUCAUGCUGGUCAUCACUGCCAUGCUCAAUGAGGCCGCAAAAAUACGCAAAGAGGCCAAGAAGGAGGAUGGAGCCGAAGGAGAUAAGGAGGAGGAUGUGUUUGAGGUGAAACCGGAGGCCCUGGAGAGUCUGAAGGUCAUGAAGAAAGCGGUCAUCGAGUUUUUCACCAAGGGACGCGGCGUCAAUACUAAGGUGGUGUCGCUGUAUCUCUUUCUCGAAAAGGAUAAGCAAUCGGGUGGCGAACACAAGAAACUAGUGCCCUGUGAGGAGGACCACAUCUGGGGUGCCAAGUUCCUGGAGGAGGAAGUGCUUGGGCUGAAGCUGGAGGUGACACCCGAGUUCUACUUCCAGUGCAACACACACAGCGCAGAGGUGCUGUACGAGGCGGUCGCCGAGCUGGCCAGUGUCAACCAGGACACCACGGUGCUCGACCUCUGCUGUGGGUCGGGUGGCAUGGGCAUGGUACUCGCCAAGCAAGCGAAGGAGGUGUUGGGCAUUGAGCUGAUGGACGCGAACGUAGAGGGCGCCAAGCGACUGUCGCUGAAGAACGGACUCGACAACUGUGAGUUUGUGCAGGGAAAGAUAGACGACGUCUACCCGCAGCUCGAGGAGAAGUUGAAGGGCAAAAAGGUCGUCUCCAUCUUGGAUCCUCCCCGUGCUGGAAUCAGCCAAUCGAUGAUCGUGAACCUGCGCAAACUGACGGAGGCCGACCGACUGAUCUACGUGUGCAGCAACCACAAACUGCCGCUGAAGAACAUCCUGGACCUGGCCACCGUCGAACAAGAGCCGUUCAACAAGACUCAGCCGUUCGUGCCGACUCGGGUGAUUCCGGUCGAUGUGUCGCCGCACACUCUGCGAUGCGAACUGGUGGUGCUGUGUGAGCGGCUGGACAUGACCAAGCUGCCGAAGCCGACGCGCAUCAUCAAGAAGGCACAGCCGGCCGGACAUAGCAUGGGGGGUGCCGGCUAUCGGAUGCGAAAACGCCCGACCUACGGAGGAGGCGGUCCUCAAUGGGGUCCCGGAGGCCGCGGAGCAUUCAGGGGCAGCAGCUGGGGACCCAAGAUGCGCGGUGGAUUCGGGGGCCGUGGAGGCGGAUUGCCCCUCGGGGUUCGCGGCAAAGGGGGUCCCAUCGGCAGGGGAGGUCUCAGGGGCGGUCCCAAGGGGGGCAUGAAGAAGAUGGGUGGUCCACCGCCGCCCCUUAUGGGUGGCUACUACCCGAAGCCCAAGUCCAACUUCGGAGGACCGCCCCCUGUGUCGGCUAGGGACUCUCUAUACCCGCCUCCACUCAGGGAUGCUCUGUACAGUUCGUCCCGCUACGGAAACGGGGGUGGCUUUGGAGGCGGCGGUGGUGGAGGUGGUAUGGAUUACAUGCGUCGCAACCAGGAACCUGCCCUCUACAACCGUCGUAUGGGAGGCGGUAAUUACGGGGGCAACAGCAGGAGUGCCCCGCCAAUGAACCAUCAUCACAACACCAACUAUGCCAACGACAACUUCUUCGGGAGUAGUGCGUUCGAGCCCUAUGACUACGAGACUCGCUACUCCAACUUCAGGCGCGACUUCGAGGAUGCCAUCAACUCGUACCCGCAGUGGGGGGGUGGCGACCGCAGGGGGGUCAACGGCCGCAAUGUGUCCAACAUGAGGAGUAGGAAUUCGGGCGGCUGGGGCGGUGGUGGUAGCAGGGGGGGUACUUGGCGUUGAGGAGUGAAAGCGCUGAAGGGGAGGGGUUGUUGCGGAACACUUGUUUUGAGUUGCAUCAUUUGCUGCCUUUAAUUUGAGUCCUGUAGGGGGGGGGAUUGGUUGAUUCAAAGUGAGUAAAUUAUGAAAUUUCUGUUUCCUGUAACAUUGGAAAUAGAGAAUGUAUCUACAAAUUCAAUUUGUAAUAAUCCUAUAGAAAAGAUUGACAAAUCUUUUGUCUUUAUUACACAAAGAUUGACAAGAAAUUAUGAAGAUUGACAAAUCUUUUCAUAAUUGAUUGGGAAUCGAAAUAUAAAAUGGUUUUACAAAUUCAACUUGUUAUAAUGUAUCUUAUGGCAAAGUUUGUCAAAUCUGCUCUGAUUUGAUUGGGAAUGAAUCAACCAAUGAGGGAUGGUCAAGAGCUUCAAACUUAUCGUACAAUUUAAACUGGAUCUAAAUCGAGUGAAAAUUGAUAUAGUUGAGGAAUAUGUGUGAAUAAUUGUGAUUCCAGAUUUCGAUUAUGGAUCUAAUAUCUGGAAUCAGUGAAAGAAUUAUUCCUUGUCUAUCUCGAUUUUCACAGAGUUUAGGUUUGGUUCAUAAGUUGAAUCGGACGAUAAGCUUGAGCGAUAAAAAUUGAAACUAAUUGGGAAUGUUUAGUUACAGAAAUUUUGAAACUAUGGAGACUUUUCCCAUCCUUGUGUUGAGAUUUUUUGAGGAAGACCUAUUUCCUGUUGCGUGUUAAACCGAUCCUUAAACAAUGUUUUAGCCAGGCAAACUAGUUUUAUGUCUCAGAUUUCUGAUCAAUAUAUGAUUGUUUAACUGGCCUUUUAACAAUGUUAUUUAUCCCGCAAUUCAAACCAAAUGUUCAGUAAUAAGACCCUCCUCUUGGAAUGGGGGUGUUUCUAGGUGUAAAUCACCCCUAUCAAUAGAGCCUGUGAGUAAGGGUUGUUCUAGCCCUUCAAAUAAACUCAAUCAUUCAUACAUCGUUUCAACUAGCUAUACAAACUUCCUAUCUAGCCUAAGAUCGUUUUCAAAAUGAACGGUGUUAGUUUUACAACAUGUUAGGACCCUUUUUGCUGCUGAAAUUCAGUUUAAAAUCGAAAAUUUAAUGGUUUUGAAAAUGUGUAAGUUGGAAUUUAGAAGAUUAGUGGAAAAUGUGUAAAUUGGUUUCAUUGAUAUUUCCGGUGAUUCUGACCCGACUUAGAAUUAAUUUGUUGUACUCUAUUGCUGGUAACAAAUAUAUUCAUUGAUAUUUUACGAGAUUGACUAUGCAGGCAUAGUUUAUUAAAUUUUAGCUGGUCUAUUUUAAAAUUUUAGAAGUUUGACAUGCGGGUACUUGAAAAUUCCCCCUUUUGAAAUUUUAGGUGUGAAAAUAUUGUUUUAGUUGAUAAAUGUAUGAAAAUUUCAUAAAUUAGUUUGAAACUUAUAGGACUAUAUUGAUGUCAUCAGUAACUAUGUAGAUUAGGAUGUUUAUGGUUUCAGUAAUCAUUUUGCAAUUAUUGACUGAACUUUGAUAGUCUCUUAUAUUUUUUGCUUACAUUGUGAAUAUUGGUUUUGAUAGCCAUUCUAUAUAGUCUCUAAUAUUGUUUGCUUACAUUUUGAAUAUUGGUUUUGAUAACCAUUCUAAAGAUGAUUGACAAAUGCGUUUCAAAAUAGAAAGUUCUAUUCAGUAGGAAACUUAAUAACUUAGUGAUUAACUAUGAUUUAAUACUAUCAACAGUUGUUGGUAUAAUAGAUUGAUGUUGCAAACUCCAUAAAAUGAGUUGUAGAAGAAUUAAUUGGGCUAGAAAAUUGUCUUACCCUUCUAGUGGUCAAUAAUAAUGAAUUAAACCUCUGUAAGGCUUUGAAUUUGAGUUAAUCUAAUCACCAAUUGUUGAAAAGAAUUGUCAGUGUAUGCCUAAAUACAUGUUGUGUUAUUCAAUAAUUUUUAUAAUUACAUUCAUGCAGAUUCUAGAACCUCAUGUAAUCAGAAGUUACUUGAAAAAGAUCAUAGUUGGCAAUCUGAUAACAAAUCAUAAUUAUUUAUAAUAAAAUUAUUAUGUAGUUGUUCAUAUUUAUAAUCAGUAUACAGUAUCACACAAUACCUGUUAUUAUUAACAAUUUAUUCUUAUGCUCAGUUGUUAAUUGUUUGCAUCCCAAAUGAUAAUUAUUCUAUCAUAUUUGAAAAAAUGAUCUCAAAUAAAUUAUGCCGCUUUGAUAUUAUUAAUAUUAUAUCACAAUAACCUUGAUUGAAAACCCACUACAUUAUUACCAUGUUUGUUCAUUUUAAUGAUGAACUUAUGAUGUAAAAUUAUAUUUUAUUGAUAAUUUUAUCCAUCAUGCAUUAAUCAUCAUAUUUGAACAGAGUAUGAUAUUAAUCACAUAAUUAACAUGGUUCAUUGCAUUUUUCAGUCAAAAUUUGUUUGGAAAAACGUUCUAUCUAAUGUAUCCUAUUAUUUACUUUUUAACUUAUCGAAUUUUAUAUUUCCAUCAACUUUUGAUUGAUGAAAAAAUUACUCAUUUUAAUUUUUGUUUCAAUUUUCAAGAAAUCACAUUCUAAUGAAGCAGCAAAAAGGUUGAUAAAAGUUAUCGAUAAAAUUGCCAAUGACGAAGUAAGAACUAUCAAUUUAUUAAAAUAAGUACUUUAUUUGUGAGUAAAUUUAUCAUAGGAGAACUAGUGUGUAGAACCAGCUAAAUUUGCUAAUAAUAUUCUAUCGUGAUAAAUAACGAAUAAACUACUGUCAUUUAUAAUAUAAUCAUAAUUUUUAUUGGUGUAUUUCAUUGUGUAUUUAGCUUGAAGGUUUUUAAUUAAUGAUAAGUAAUCUAUUGUAAAAAUAUUGUAAUUUUUUAAUAUAAUCAAGAGUUAAGUAUUUUCUUCUUUGUUUAUUUAAUGAUAGUUUUGGGUUUUUAUUUUUUCGCUAGUUCUAGGAUAGUUUGGUUAUUCUAUUAGUUACACAAAUCAUGUCUACUGUUUCUAGAUGUAGCAUGGUUUGCUGUAGAUGUUCUAUCUAAUCGUGCUUUGAAGCUGACGAUGUGUGAACAUCUAUAUUGGAUUUAGUUUUUCACUCUUGAUAUUUUUCGUAUAAUUAUGAACUUAUAAAUUAACACUUACAUUGGUCUAUCUUGUGCACUGUUAUUACUACAUAUUAUACAAGAACAUGCUUGUGUUCAAAGUAAUUGUGUUUAGAGCUAUUAGGAGCUAGAGAUUUGUAGCUACAAAUGAGGCUCCUUACGUUUUUAAAAUAAUGAUUGAAAUUGUUCGGCUGCAUGCUAGCAAUAAUAUCAUUCAUGGCUUGAUGUAAUAGUGCAGGUGUUCUAAUAAAUUACUAUUAAAAUCACAA